AUGGCCAAAGGAUUAAGAGUAAUUUCAGAAAGAUUAUCAAGUAUAGAUGUGAUUGUUGAAUUUGAAGAUAUAGCAAAGUUAAAAGAACGAAUUAUAGUUUAUAAUAAAGCGGAUUUAGCUGAUGAAAAUGAUCAAACGGCUAUAAUAGAUGCAUUUAGAGAAUAUCGUAAACAGCGCGUAAUCUUUACAGAUGCAAUUGCGGAUAAGAAUGUAAAGAUGAUAAUCGACAUUGCAGCAAAUAAAGCAAUAAAAGAACCAGAAAGAUAUCCAUAUGUCACUGUAAUGGUAGUUGGUAUGCCAAACGUUGGAAAAUCAUCUUUGAUUAAUUCUAUGAGAAAGCUCGGUGUACAUAAAGGAAAGGCUGCAAAGACUGGCGCUUUACCGGGUGUGACAAGAUCUGUUUCCGCUACAUCAAUUAAAGUAUCAGAAGACCCAACUGUUUAUUUGAUCGAUACUCCUGGCGUUAUGGUACCACACAUUACUGAUCCUGUAGUUUCUCUAAAGGUUGCGUUGACAUGUGGUAUUAGGGAUCAUUUAUCUGAUGAAGAAAUUAUGGCAGACUAUUUACUUUGGAGGUUAAAUAAUUUUGGAAACUUUAG